GUGCAGGUAUGGUUUACAGAGGGUGGAGAUUUGGAGUUUUUAGUAGAAACUAUUUUGCUAAAAGACCACUACAGCAGCAAUUUAAAAGCUUAAAUCUGACGACAGGCCAACACCAAAACUAGAGCUGCAUAUGAAGAGGAAAAAAGGAGGGAUUUUGGUAAAGUAUUCACUGCACUGAGUGGCUAACGUUAGCUAGCUAGCUUAACUUCAACGGCUGUUUUGAUAGUUUUCCUUUUGACAAGGAUUCUCUCCUUUUGCCUGGAUAAAAACGUAUCUGAGGAACAUCUGUGAACUAGUCAACCUAGCCAAAAUAACCAAUGACUCCUGUUGUGGAGGACCUAAAAGCCAGAGGGGAAAUUCUAGACUUGGUUAUUGACAAUUUCGCCACCAUGACAGACAGCAGAAUGGCCUUCAAUCUUCAAUAGGAUGAUUUCGACAAUGUGGAUGUGGAAUUCGAUGGCCGCCCGAAUUCAAAGACCUCAACAACGAGACUUUUCCUUGAGUGGGACUUUGACAUGACAAACAGACCGGAUCAAGCGAAAGUGUGCACAUUGAGAUCCGAUUGCUCCGUCUGAAAGGGCUGAGAGGAAGCCUCCAGAGGCCGCAUUACACACGGGCUUGCAGCCGAGCACUACCGGACAUAUCAACCUCAUAACGCCAACGUUUAGGGGGAGAGCGCCCGCAAACGUGACUUUGAGAGCGCGAGAGAGAGAGAGAGAGCCGCGAGCGAGCGAGCGAGCGAGCGAGAGCCGUUGAAAAGGUAGGAUUCGCGCUGCAUCCUGGGUACAUAGCUCCAUGGUGAUGCAGGGAGCCUGUUGUGUGUGUAGUAGAGACGGGUAAACCAAAGUAAAGUAAACGGGGGAGGGUCGUCGGAUAACGGGUUAGAGGGGUGUUUUCAGACGACUUUACAAUGCGUCUUUCACGGUGCUGCUGAACGGAGAACGAUGACACAACUUCGCUGGUCGUCUCCAAGCGGAAUGAGCCACUCUUGAGCCCCGAAAAACGGAGCGGAGGAGCGGAGAGAGAGAGCGAGAAGACGAUGCUUCAGAAGCCGAGCGCCCUGCUGCCUGUUGUCGGCUUGACUGGGAAAUGGUAGCGUACUGUCGGACCCGCCGCACUUGGAAGGAACAUGGUCGAGAGGAGCAGCAAAUUCUUGUUGAUCGUCGUCGGAUCCGUGUGUUUUAUGCUGAUUCUCUAUCAGUACGUGGCUCCAGGGGUGAUCAAUUUCGGAUCCCCGCACGGUUAUUUCACGGAGGAAGACGAGGGGGACAUCUUCCCCACUCCGGACCCCCACUACGUUAAGAAAUACUACUUCCCCGUCAGGGACCUGGAGAGGACGAUCGAUUUCCAAAUCAAAGGCGAGGACGUGAUCGUGUUUUUGCACAUCCAGAAGACAGGAGGGACUACCUUCGGCAGGCACCUGGUCCAGAAUGUCCGUCUGGAGGUCCCUUGUGAUUGCAGACCGGGCCAGAAGAAGUGUACCUGCUACCGGCCGAACCGCAAGGAGACCUGGCUCUUCUCACGGUUCUCCACCGGCUGGAGCUGCGGCUUGCACGCCGACUGGACCGAGCUCACCAACUGUGUGCCGGGGGUCCUCAACAAGAAGGAGAACAAACAGAAGAAUCAAAGGAAGUUCUACUACAUCACUCUGUUGAGGGACCCCGUGUCUCGAUACCUCAGCGAGUGGCGGCAUGUGCAACGGGGAGCCACGUGGAAAACCUCCCUGCACAUGUGCGACGGACGGACCCCGACGCCAGAGGAGCUGCCCUCCUGCUACGAGGGCUCCGACUGGUCGGGGUGCACCCUGCAGCAGUUCAUGGACUGUCCGUACAACCUGGCCAACAACAGACAGGUUCGUAUGCUAGCGGACCUGAGCCUCGUCGGCUGCUACAACAUGUCCACGGUUCCAGAGAAGAAGAGGGCCCAGCUCCUCCUGGAGUCGGCCAAGAAGAACCUACGAGACAUGGCCUUCUUUGGUCUGACGGAGUACCAGAGGAAAACCCAGUUCCUGUUUGAACGGACCUUCAGGUUGCGCUUCAUCCGGCCCUUCAUGCAGUACAACAGCACCCGAGCUGCAGGGGUGGACCUGGACAACAACACGGUCCAGCGUAUCGAGGAGCUGAACGAGCUGGACAUGGAGCUGUACGACUACGCCAGGGACCUGUUCCAGCAGCGCUACCAGUACACGCGGCAGCAGGAGAGGCGGCAGCAGCGCAUCAAGAACCACAUGCAGCAGAGCCACCAGGGCCUGGGCCUCGGCGUCAGCCUGUGGCCCUCCCACGGCCGGCAGAGCUCGGUGUCGACACUGGAGGACGGAGACGGGGAGCGGGAGGAGCGCGAGGAGGGCGAGGAGGGAGGCAGAACGGAGGAGGCGGGCAGCAGGCUCCCCACCGAGGACUACAUGAACCAGAUCAUCAACCGCUGGUAGCAGCAGAAUGAGAACAAACACACAGACGUGCAUAUGUAAUGUGAAAAUACGCACACGCACGCACGCACACACACACACACACACACACACACAAACAUACAAACAUACAUACACACAGAGAGGGCGCCUGCAUCAAAAGACCCAAAUGACUGACAAACAGACUUUACUGGAGAGUUGGGCUGCGGGAAUGAGAGUCGCAGUGGUUGCUAUGGAGACCUGGGCUUGGUCGAUUGCAUCAGCUCACAUUAUUGAGGUUUGCCCAGUUGUUAUUAGCACCCGCUUGCCCUUUUCUCCUCCUCCCCCCUCUGAGUUUCUCUGUCUCUCCUAUCAUCAUUACUGACUGAGCGGACAGAGAGAUAUUUUUAAGAGUUGCUGACAACCGAGUAUCUCAUCCAUCUCUCCUUCCUCCUCCUCCUCCUCCUCCUCCUCCUCCUCCUCCUGUAUCCCUCUCGUUCUCUGUGGCCUAAUAUGGAGCAUGAGAAAAUACAAUUAAGUCUGUGAAUUCCCACUAACUCUUGCUAAAAAGGACCAGUCUACUUCCUGGAUGCUCCCAAUUUCAAAGGAAAGCUAUAAAAGUAUGCUAAUGGCUGAGCUGAACAAAGAAAACGGUGGGAGUUACAUGAGAGACUGAACCUGAAAGAAAAGAAGCGAAGAAAAGUUGGACUGUAAUAAAGCUUUCUGCUUAAGAAAAAAAAAAAAAUCAGCCAUUUCACCCAUGAACACGCUUCGGUCAUGAAAUAAUGACUCAUUCUCAUUUUAGGAUGAUUUUCCUUUUUUGUUUAUGCUUUUUUUAAAGCAGAAUUGUAAUAACACUGAGACCAAUAUUGCUGCCUAAAGAAAAGUGAUUCCUUUAUUUCUUUAUUUUUAUUGGUUUUUAUAAGUCAAAGCUGAUGGAUCGGAUCGAUGUACAAUGGACCAUAGCCAUUACUGAAGCCUUGCAUCUUGGGGGGGGGGGGAAAGUGUUCUCUGUUUUAGGUUCCCAAAGCUGCCUGUCUCUUUACCAGUUCAUUAUUCCUCUCCUUUUUUUUUUUUUGUGCGUCUCAGUCCUGCAGAGAAUGACAGCCAAUUACAGAGUCGAAUCUCACAUAGGUGCGAAGAAAUCAAAAGCAGCGAGAGGAGCGAGUCUGCUGCAGGUUGUUGCCAGGAGCCGUGCUGUGUGAGCGGCAAGCACUUUGGAAACCUAAACUCAGACAAACGCUCGAGAUGGGAGUUGUGGAACUACUGGUCACCAUGGCAAUGUGAGCCCUUAAUGUAGUGGGUGGCAUUUUCAUUUAUUUUUUUUUGCGUUGCGGUCUCAAACAAGCCUCCAUCCCACUUACGGAAAGGGCACACAUGGCGGCGGUGACCUGCAGUUCAUUAGUGCAGCCGGUGUUUUACCCUGAAGAACGCACGGGGCGAGGUAGCAGUGCCUCUAUGUACUGGGAUCAUAGUCAACAUAAUUAUUGCCAGAUAUUACGUCUGCAUUAUACUACAGUAAUUUCUCUGACUACUCGUGUGUGUGUGCGUGUGUGUGUGUGUGUGUGUGGAUGAGUGUGUUUCUGUGUGUGUGUAAAUAGUAUGUACAGUACGCCUUUGAUUGGCGUAUGUGUAUGCCUUUGUAAAUAGUGUGCCUGACUGACUGAGAGAGGAUGAGUUUUGUGAGUGACAGGUUCCAUGACCAAUUAUCUCAUCAUUUUUUUUGGUGGUGGAGGGGCGGGGCAACAGAGUCCCUCCAACAGCAGCGAUGCAAGCCAAUAAUACUCCCCUCUGCCCCUUUCCUUUAACAUGUUCCUUCCCUCUUUUUCUUGUCUCCUCCCCAUGACGUCAUGAGGACUGUAUCGCUAUAAUUAUUGAUAAUUUAUAUGUUUAAAAAUCUGCCCGUGUGACACGUCUUUACUCUCGACAGCAAAUUCAACAAGUAGGGUUGGGUUACGACAGCCGGCUCCACCAAUAGACCCUUUUCACAGCACACAUUUUGACUUGGAAUCAAUAACAUUAAUUACAGCUGCAUCCCAUUUAGGUGAGCCAGUUCCAGGGCUCUGGUAUUGUGCUCACUGAUAGGACACUUAAUGGAAUGGAGCCGUCGUUAAUGUGAUUAUUUACACCUGUACUUUUCCUGCUUUGACAAACCAUAAAUGUCUGCUGUGAAAAGAGUCUAUCGCACCAAGUUCUGUAAUCAAAUCGGGAAUUUUGACUUUUUUUAAUUUGUCAUGUUGUGCUUGUAGUUCAAACUAUUUUUAUAUGAUAGGUUACAGAAUUUGGUGUAACACCGGUUCUCGCUUGGCAAAAUGUCCACAAUCGCUAAUCUCUGAUCCUAACGAAUCUCUUAUUCAAUAUGUUUUCCCUCCUCCUGCAACGUAGAAAACAUUUAUGUAGCUUUCACCUCUUAAAACGACAAAAACAUCACCGAAAGUAAACCCAUUUGUUGUGUCAGCACUCGUUAUGUUAUUCUGUGAUCCGGUCACACAGCGGUCCCUACGCAAACCUUACGCCAAAUUCACAUGAGCUGCCAUGCAAUGUCUACAAAAAGCUGGUUCUGUGUUUGGAAAAGUUUAACUUUUAGCGACGAAUUUCGACCAGAGAGUACCCGCCGCAGCCAAUCAGUAAACAGAGUCCAGUGACCCCUCACCCCUGUGACAUGUUGACCUGUUUUACAAAGAAUUUCUUCCCGCUUCAAACACGUGAACACGCCUCCCGGCCGCAGAAAAAUGUUAACUAUUGCGGUGAGCCGCACCUCACCGCUGCCUGGUGUGAAUUCAGCGUUAGGCGUAAAUCAAAAUGUUAUGUUUUCACUAGUUAUCCAGCAGCUGGUCGAAUCUUUGUUACCAGUAUAGAGGACGUCUGUGGAAAUAUCAUAUUUAAACUAGAGCUGCAACGAUUAAUCGAUUAGUUGUCAACUAUUAAAUGUAUCGGCAACUGUUUUAAUAAUCGAUUAAUUAAUUCCGAAUUUUUUUUUUUUAAUCAAUUAAAAAAAUAAUAGCAGCUCUAAUUAAAACGCUGGUUUCACCCAGGGUACACAUUUUAUUAAUCUGAAAAUAACUUUGGAGACGCGGCCUGCUACUGAAUAACUGUAGAAACAAUAAUGUUCUGACUAUCCCUCUUAGAUUAACAAAGAGAACACUAUGUGAAUGAAUUACGAAUUAACAUACAAAGUGCUGAGAUCAGAUUAUAGAUUAUAUAUCACAUGUAUCCAAUAAAUAUUAAUUCUGUAACGGCUAAAAUUAAACUUUGACGGAGUCUGUACUCCGCCAAAGAUGGUUUGUCGGGGGGAAAAGAAACACCGCUCCGUAGCUGUGAGUGGACUGUGUGGUUUUGUAGUUCAACAAAACCACCAGAUUGGUUCCUCUUCUUCUCUGAUUGCAUCAUUUCAACCUUUUUCAUGUUAAUAUUUCCAGAUCAUUUUAGUAGUUCUGUAUCAGGUCUUCCAGUAUUUGGAGCAAGUUGCUUGCUAAACAAAGUGUAAAAGCAAGUGAGCUACACUUGUUAUUUCGAUGUGCCUGAUACAUUUAAUAAGCUUUUCAUAUGUUAACCUCAUUAUCAGGUUGUAAAGUGUUUCUGCCACCUCAGCGAACAAACUGUGAUCACAGAUUAUUUUUUUUAUUACAGUUUUAGUUCAUUAUAAAUCUAAACCUGAGGUUCAGUAAGGGAUUCAAAAAGGAUUCAGUAUGUAUUUUCAUAGAAUGUUAUCGAAUCCCAACCCUACACAGAAAAAAGCAGAGCAAUAAGAGGGAAAACCAAGACGGUGGAGAAGAGAAUGUAAACGUGGGGAAAAGACGUGUCACAGCACGAUUUAAUUCAACUGAAUGUAGUCCAGGUUUGGUGUCAUCCAGGGGGGCAACGGGAGGAUGCAUGCUUCCUCUGUAUAAGAUAAAUAACAUGUUGCAUCCUGCUGUUAACAAUAGAUUUUUUUGUUUUACGUCUGAAGGCAGAAGAAACCAACAAUUUAGCCGCCCACCACCCUCCUUGUUAAAUUUCAACUAAUCACCCCGGAUCCUCCGGUGUCUCUCCUUUUUGAUCAGUUGCUUUCAAAUCAGGGAUGAUUCAUGAAGGGAAGGAGAGAAGAACAAGUGUAGGGGGGAGGGGGUGAUGAUGAAAGGUAUUGGGACGCAUCCAGAGUCAAUAUGCUGCUUUUUGUGUAGCCUUCAAAGUAACGCAAAUGGAUAUGGGAAGAGAGAUCUCCCUUUUUUUGUUUCGUAUUAACUUCCCCUUCAUUGUAUUCUUGAAACUGGAGGCUUGAAAACACUGCAGCUCCAGGCAUUCUGCCCACAACCUCUUUUUUUUUUCAGAAUCAGACUUGCGUUUGGGCUCCAAACCAAAAUCUGGCUCUGCAUUAGUGGUUGAAGACAAAACUGACUAUCUACCUUCAGAGUGUUUUUAUUUUCAGAGCUCCAGUUUCAAGUGACCAUCAGACUUGAAGCAGUCCUCAAAAAAUACUCCCCCCCCCCGAACAAAAUAAAUCCUUUCACUGAAAUUAUUCCAGGAAUUGAUGCUGUAAAGCUAUACUCAAAUAUUUUACGUCUCAUCAUCUAUGUAUAUCUGAUGUCUUAACAGCGUUUCCUUUGUGACAAUGAAGCAACCCAGGUGUCGCUAACAUCAUCCCUUUUUUUCCUUUUUGUUAUUUUUUUUUUUUUUUAAAUGUGUUAAAAAAAAACAGUGUGAUAGAGACUUGUUUUUUUUCUGGAUUGGUGUGCAGUCUGUCUCUGGCUCCUUCUGUAUGCAUCAUUCUGGGUUUGUUUCUUAUGAUUGCAAAAAUGAAUCAUCAAGCCACCAAUUAAAAUAUUUCAUUUUUACAGA